AGAUCACCAUCCAGAGGGACAGCGGUCUGGAUGUCAGCGCCCCGAAACACGGAAAGAUCGACGCAAACAACGAUCCUCACGUCGGAGGAAACCAGUGGGCGGGAGGCACAGGUGGCAGAGACACGGCGGGGCUCGGGGGGAAAGGAGGUCCCUACCGGCUGGAUGCAGGACACAAAGUCCACCAGGUGUCCCAGGCUGAGAAAGACGCCGUCCCAGAGGAGGUCCGCAAAGCAGCCCGCGAGAUGGGAGAGAAAGCCUUCAGAGAACGGCUGAAGGAGAUCAAUAUGAGUGAGUACGACGCUGCUAUGUACGAGCGGUUCUCCAGCGCCGUCAGCAGGCAGGUCCAAUCUCUGCGCAUCGUGCUGGACAGCCUGCAGGCCAAAGGGAAGGAGCGUCAGUGGCUGAAGAACCAGGCUCUGGGAGAACUGGACGACGCUAAAAUCAUCGAUGGACUGACCGGAGAGAAAGCUAUCUACAAACGCAGAGGAGAGCUGGACCCAGAGCUGGGCAGUCCCCAGCAGAAGCCCAAGCGUCUGCGGGUGUUAGCGGAUGUUUCCGGCAGCAUGUACCGCUUCAACGGAGUGGACAGACGGCUGGAGCGCUCCAUGGAGGCCGUGUGCAUGGUGAUGGAGGGGCUGGAGAACUACGAGCACAAGUUCAAGUACGAUAUCGUGGGGCACUCAGGCGACGGGUACGACAUCGAGCUGGUUAGAGCGGAUAAAGUCCCCAAAAACAACAAAGAGAGACUCAAAGUCCUCAAGACGAUGCACGCUCACUCUCAGUUCUGCAUGAGUGGAGACUUCACUCUGGAGGGAACAGACUCCAGCAUCAAGGAGUUAGUGAAGGAGGAGGCAGACGAGCACUUUGUGGUCGUGCUCAGCGACGCUAACCUGGAGCGAUACGGCAUCCGGCCCGAAAGAUUCGCUCAAGUCCUGACCUCCGACCCCCAGGUCAACGCCUUCGCCAUCUUCAUCGGAUCCCUCGGAGAUCAGGCCGAAAGACUCCAGAAGACCCUUCCAGCGGGCAGAUCCUUCGUUGCCAUGGACACCAAACAGAUCCCCCAAAUCCUGCAGCAGAUCUUCACGUCUACGAUGCUGUCCAGUGCCUGAGACUGACUUCUUAUCUCACACAAUAAAAAAACUCAAAAUCAUAUCUGCAAGCACGAGAAACCUGUCAGACUUAAAACCACUUUCUGUAUCAGAUCAUUUGAUCUGAGCUGUAUCAGAGCUGAAGACUCGCCUUUUAAGCGAUUUUUUAAUUAUCGUACAGAUGGCCUUCAGCAGAAUCUAAGUGUUAGCGUGACAGAGUAUAAUGUUUAGCAGGGAAUAGUGUGUAUCGUCCGCAUAAUGACAAGCACUAUGUGGUAGCUACAGUGACAUAAUGACUGGCUGGAGCCUGGCUCAGACCCCAUGUGGGGAUCAAACGCUCGCCAUAACCUGUUGUUAUUUUUGUGUUUUGGGGUUGACCCUUGCCGACACACACACACACACACACACACACACACACACACACACACACACACACACACACACACACACACACGACACCAACACCUGACCAACACUUGGACGUGACGAGCGGUAAUAACUCGGCUCCUCUGGAAUGCUGGGAUUGUGAGUUGGGAAUUUCCCACCUGACUGCACAGGCUCUUUAAAGGCAGCCGCUGUGUGUGUGUGUGUGUGUGUAGGUGUGUGUUCCCCCUCAGCAUCUAUGUCAACAUGCUCAAGCCCUUUUCCUUCCUGGCUGCCGGAUAACAAAAUGAUGUAUGCUGAAUCGAAAGUUAGCAUUACAUUAUAAACGCAGAAAUGUAUAUAACGUUUAUGACACCUACAUGUUUUGUUCAGCAGGAUAAUCUCCAUAUAUUAACACCACUAGAGUAAAAAGCUAACGUUAGGCUAUGAAGGAACUACAGCACGGUCACAUGACUUCACGUCACCCCCGUGUUUAGUUGUGUGUGUUGAGAGAUGAACUUCCCACAGACCUGUGUUUUAUUGUAUUUCUGCUCUCUGACUUCAUGCUGUGCAGUCAUUCAUGUCAGUGGUUCCUCACAGCCUCGUGCAUCCAAUACUCUUUCAGAUUCCCCUCCGGUUGAAAUACUCUGUGUCUGAUCAAUGUUGUGAUCAAUAUGACAGCCUGUCUAACUAUCAGCCUGCAUUGAUCCUCUCUGAGUUUUUAUCAACACACUUUGACCCUGUUUGUUGGAAGGAACUAAAGUAAAAACAUGACUGUAGAUUUUAUUCCUUCAUCAUGUUUGCAGUUCUUCAUGAUUGAGAAUGUACUGUAUGCAUUUAAAUUGAUCAUCUAGAUUUUGAAUUAUUUUAGCCUUAUUUAAUUGUACAUUUGUAUAACUUAUACAUAAUGUAAUGUAUACACUUUUAAUAAAUCAUGUUAACAUUG